AUGAGCCACCUCACUCCAAAGGAAAAUGAAAAGUUGAUUAGUCUCGUAGGUCAAAGAUGUACGGUUACGGGGAAAAUUAAUGGGAAAACGGUUUUAUGGGACACAGGAGCCCAAGUAUCUAUUGUUUCAGCCAAGUUUUUAAAAGAGAAUUUUCCAAACUGUACUAUUAAAGACGUGAGUGAACUGUUAAAUUGUGACCUUACACUGACGGCAGCCAAUG